CUGCACCUGUGCCAGGCAGAUGGAGUUCAACUUGCUCACUGACCCAGAAGCUCAGAGUCCCCCUCUUUCCCUCUCAGAAUCUGGGACACCUCAACAUGCACACAGGCACAAGGGCCAAGCAAGUGACACAGAAAAGUCACAGCAGAAUCAGACUGAUAAUUCCACUCCUGAGGAUGGCUCCCUGAGAAAGAAGCAACGUAGGCAGAGAACUCAUUUUACCAGCCAACAACUACAGGAGCUGGAAGCCACUUUUCAAAGGAAUCGGUAUCCAGACAUGAAUACCCGAGAGGAGAUUGCUGUCUGGACCAACUUGACAGAAGCCAGAGUUCGGGUAUGGUUUAAAAACCGCAGAGCCAAAUGGAGGAAGCGGGAAAGAAAUCAACAGGCAGAACUUUGUAAGAAUAGUUUUGGAGCUCAGUUCAAUGGACUGAUUCAACCUUAUGAUGAGAUGUAUAGUAGUUAUUCCUAUAAUAACUGGGCUACCAAAGGACUUACUGCCAGCACUCUAUCAACAAAAAGCUUCCCAUUCUUCAACUCCAUGAAUGUCAAUGCUCUUUCUUCCCAGCCCAUGUUUUCAACAUCCAGUUCAAUAGGAUCUAUGUCUGUACCCUCCUCAAUGGUUCCUUCAACAGUGACUGGUGUGCCGGGCCCAAACCUUAACAAUCUUAACAGCCCUGGUCUUAACUCUGCAGUUCCAUCCAGUACCUGUCCCUAUGCAUCCACAGCCAAUCCUUACAUGUAUAGGGAUACUUGUAACUCAAGCCUGGCUAGCUUGCGAUUGAAGGCAAAACAGCAUGCAAAUUUCACCUAUCCAGGAGUGCAGACGGCAGCCUCCAGCCUGAGCCCAUGUCAGUAUGGUGUGGAUAGGUCAGUAUGAGAACCUCCACUGCUAAUUAUGAACUAUUAGCAGAACAAAGUUUCCCCUGCAGAUGAAUUCCAGAAAGAUGUAUUUAUAAUACUGUUACAAAUCUUUUACUAUCAUUUUUGUAAAGUAUAUAUUUUUACUCACUGAACGUUCAUUUGAGGCAGAGGAACUUUUUGCCAAGGUUUGAAUUCUUACCCGGUGAUAACAGCAUACCCAGGGAAAUCAUUGACGCUGCUCAUAAUUUAUUACUGCAAUUUAUGCUUUAUACAUAUGACUCCUGCUUACAUAAGUCUAGAUUCUGUACUUGAAAUACCAGGUUUGGAUUUUCUGUAUGUAUAUUUCAUAAAAGUUUGUCAUGAAAUGCCCUGGGUAAAACUUUUGUUUUCCUUUAAAAAAAUAGUGUAUCAUAACAAAAAGUUGCCAAAAGUAAUUUCAUAGCAUGGGAAGGAAAUUUAUGUGCAGACAUGCCAUGAGUUAUAUGGAAGAUCUAGGACAAAGAAACAUAUAGAUGUGCU